CAAAAAACAAAAUGGCGCGGAUUCCUUGUUGAUCUUGACAAACGAUCUUUCUAAACCUCGUCAACUUUACACUAAAACAAUGGAAAGUUAUGAAGAAAGCGACGACGAAAUUGAAGUCACAGCAGCAGAGGUUUUGCAAAAGCUGGAGGAGGCUUGGAACAAUGAGAAGUUUGCACCUGAACUACUUGAGAAUAAAUCUGAACUUGUAGAAUGUAUGGUAGACCAAAUUAAAUCAAUGGAAAAAAGCUUACUAAAUAUAAAAAAGGGAGAUAUUGCUGGAACUCUGCAUAAAUUGGAGAUUGACAGAAUACGGUUUGUGUUAAGUAGCUACUUACGGACACGGCUUCAUAAGCAAGAGAUCCACAAGAAUCCUCUAAACUCUCUCCCGAGGAACUGCAGUAUGCAAAAGAGUACACAGACAACAUGGAAGGACUUUUCAAGUCAUUGUGCUUGCAGCACAUGCCACCAAAUAUGCAGAGCAUAGACCGCAAGAAAUCUGUUCCUAGACCUAACCUUGACAGCUAUGUCUUCCUUAAGAUACUAGAAGACCAGGAACAAGUAUUAGUUGAUCCUGAGGAGGAUCCUGURGACUUGGAAAAGGGUGCCCAACAUAUCAUGAGAUACAGUGCUAUAGCACCUCUACUGACUAAUGACAGUUUAGCACUUUUAUAACCCACAAUAUAUCAUACAUGUACCACAACAUUGGCCACUUUGAUUGGAAACAGCCUGGUAUGGUAGUAUGUUAGCAUGUAGCUCUUGAUAUUAGCCAAUCACAUUUCUCAUUGUCUCCAGUUCAAGAAUCUUUUAGAAUAGCUACUUAUAGUUUCAUUAAGAGCUGCAAUAAUAUUAUGUGAUUAAAUGACCAUGC